AGUUUUCCGGAGGAUUGGGGAAACUCUUCAUUAUUUAUAAUAAACUAUAUAAUAAUAUCAGUAUCAUAUUAGAUUGGAUUUUGUGUACAUGAACUAAUUAAGCUUAUGAUUGCUUUAAUAUAUCAAUGAAAUAUCACAUCUGACCUUUGUGCUGGACUUACAAGAUAUCUAAAAUUUUGUCUUGUCGGGUUACUUAUAGUCUCGUUUAAGGUUACUUUAGUGUCAUUUAAGAUACUGACUUUUAUGAAAAGAGUUUAUCUUAUAGAGUUUAUCUUAUAAGGUUUACUGUGAGUUUAAUAAUGAGAUUUUUGUUGUAGAAAUAUUUGCAAAUUUGUUUGAUCAAUCGUUUAUCAAGGGGAGGAACAACCUGAAACAAGUGUCUAUAACUUGUUACCCUAAUUAAUAAAUAGAUUAAGAAUAUGGAUAGAAGUUAACUGUUUUUAUUUUGCCGGUAGUAGCGUAAAUAAAUAAAUAAAUAUCAUAAUAUCGUGGGAUCUCACACACACAUCACCAGUGCCUACAACUUUAAUGUUUUCUUCUUGAAGAAAACAAGUUUAAUUGGAUUUAACAUCUGUGAAUGUGCUUAAAAUAUCUGUGCCAUUUCAAGCGAGCAAUUCUCUAUGAUUUUGGUUUGAUUUCAAAAUAAAUAUUUAAAGAAUAAGGUGCACUUUAAAAUUUGAACUAAUAUUUACUUUUGCAAGUGAAAUUUCUUCCAUCUAUUUUUUGAUGAUAAAUAUACAAGUGUAGUAGGAAUAUUUUACUCUCAAGUGCAAUAAUAUUGAGCAUAGAGAAUUUUGAACUUUGAUGUGGUAAAUUAUAGAGGAGGUAUAUGAAUACAAUACAGGUUUUUUUCACUAUGAUACAAUAUGACAGUUCUAUGUAAGAAAUGAAUGCCUGCAAUUUUACUCAGUAUGUUUGUGAUUAAUAUAGAAAGGUAACUCGUAACUUGUUUCAAUACAAAUAGGUCUAGAUUGCCGAGAUUUUGUGGAAGAUUUACCUUACAUUUCUAUCGAAGAAAAGUUGUAUCAGUGGCUUUAAGCUGUUUUUCACCUGUUAGGAUUAUUUGCAAAUUUAUUUUACCUUUGGGUUAAACUAACUAAUAUAUUGAUAAAAGUGAUUUAGAAAUAAAUAGCAAAAAAAAUGAAGAAGUUUCAGAAAUAUUCAAUCGAGCCAUUAAAAAUUGAUGACGAUGAUGAGGAGGUAUUCCUGGAUUCCAAUUCGGUCAGAAAUAAGAAAAAAUCUAAAAUUCAGCGAGAUUCCGAAAACCCUUCAGUUGCCAAGGCAACAGGGUCAAGUGACUACGUAGAUAGUGGGAUACCAGGGGAAGGUCUGUUGAACAUUAAGGAAGGUGAAAAAGGGUCUGCAGCUUUGGAGGAAGAUACUUUCCCACCUCUUUUGUCACGACAGCCAUCUUGGGGAUUGCACCGAAACAGGUCAUCUAAAAAGAGACGGGACUAUUUUCGUUUUGAUGUUGAAAAUGGAGCAAGUGGCGGACGAGGGCCUCUCGAGGGAAGCAGCCCUUCUGGUGGCCUCAUAUUACAGAAUCUUCCACAACGACGCGAGUCCUUCCUUUAUAGGUCUGACAGUGAUUACGACAUUUCUCCAAAAUCCAUGUCUCGCCAUUCCUCUGUACAAAGUGAACAACCACAGUAUGUACUCGUUAGUUACCUCCCCUUUGUGUUGUUAUUAUAAUCUCCCCUUGAUAGUGUAGA